CUCUCUUCCAAAAACAUGGAACGUGGUCCAGACCCGCUAAGCAAGAGGAAGUCACUAAACGCACUAUAAUGCAGUCACGUAAAAUCAAGGGUUAAGUGUUCAAACCUGCACCCGCCCGCCAGCGAGGAGACGGAAGAACUUUCUCGAUUAGCAUAGUAUCUACCCUGGGGCCGCGCUGAGAGUCGGCGGUUCGGUCCCAGCCCAAGUGAAGCGUGCAGUACCGUCUUGAUUGUGCUUUGACGCAGCACCUGCUUCUAAUCUGAGAGGACCCGAGGUUUACAGCUUUGCGGAGCAAGACUCUGUGGGAUGAAACAGAGCAGAGAUCAAAAGAAUCCCGCUUCUCAACGGUACGGUUCAUCUCGACAGCCAGGGAGAGAGCCUGGAUGCUCAAGUUGGGGAAUGGCGGUCAAUGUGUAUUCUACCUCGAUAACCCAAGAGACUAUGAGCAGACAUGACAUCAUCGCAUGGGUUAAUGACAUAGUAUCUUUAAACUACACAAAAGUGGAACAGCUUUGUUCAGGGGCUGCCUAUUGCCAGUUCAUGGACAUGCUCUUUCCAGGCUGCAUUAGUUUGAAGAAAGUAAAAUUUCAAGCAAAGUUGGAGCAUGAGUAUAUUCACAAUUUUAAACUUCUGCAAGCAUCGUUUAAGCGAAUGAAUGUUGAUAAGGUGAUCCCAGUGGAGAAGCUGGUGAAGGGGCGUUUCCAGGACAACCUGGAUUUCAUUCAAUGGUUUAAGAAAUUCUAUGAUGCUAACUACGAUGGGAAGGAGUAUGAUCCUGUAGAAGCGCGGCAAGGGCAAGAUGCGAUCCCUCCCCCCGACCCUGGUGAACAGAUCUUCAACCUGCCAAAAAAGUCUCAUCACGCAAACUCCCCCACCGCAGGUGCGGCUAAAUCAAGUCCGGCAUCUAAGCCGGGAUCUACACCUUCUCGUCCCUCAUCAGCCAAAAGGGCUUCAUCCAGCAGCUCAGCAUCCAAAUCUGAUAAAGAUUUAGAAACGCAGGUCAUACAGCUUAAUGAACAGGUACAUUCAUUAAAACUUGCCCUUGAAGGUGUGGAAAAGGAAAGGGAUUUCUACUUUGGCAAGUUGAGAGAGAUUGAGCUACUCUGUCAAGAGCACGGGCAGGAAAACGACGACCUCGUGCAGCGACUAAUGGAAGUCCUCUAUGCUUCGGAAGAACACGAGGGUCACCCGGAAGAGCCGGAGGCAGAGGAACAAGUCCACGAACAGCAGCCCCAGCAGCAGGAAGAGUACUGAAGGGUCCUGGCAGCUCUCAACUUCGACUUUGCGUGGGAACUUUUCUUCUGGAGAAACGUGUGGCCUCAAGCUCAACAGAAACCAGUUGUUCCCAGUCUGCCGUUAACACCAACGCACUGUUGCAUACGCCAGCCACGGCGCUCGGUUCCCGUUUCCUUUGCCAAGACCCAUUAGCAGCCGGCCGUGUGGCGGCCUACCUGAGAGAUCGUGGGGUCACACAUCUUCUACUUCACUUGGCUGCUUGAGAUUGAUUCUGCUCUUUUUCAUUUCUUUCCAGAACAACUCUCCCCACCCCACCACCACCCACACCCCCUUUUUAUCCUGGUGUGAAACAAUGGUAAUUUGAUAUAUGGUAUUUAUAUUGGCAUUUCUCAACCCAGUGUCACUAGAUGUCACACAUUUGUGGUGCUUUGAUGUUUGCAAGUCUAACCUCUGAACAUAAAUUUGGUCAAAUAAUAAAUUGGAACAAAGGGAAAGAGAUACUUGAUAUGAAAGCCAUAAGGACAGUGACUUGUUUUAUAGGGAAAACCAGUUUCUCCCUCUACUCCCAACACUUAAGGGAAAAAAAAGAAUCAAAACUAGGACUUCAGGGCCCAGUGUUUCUCCCUGAGCAUGUUAGACAAACUCACAGUUAGUUUUGAAAGACAUUCACUCAAGGACAACACCAUCUCAACUUAGCUCUCCAACUGCUUGCCCCGCCCGGCGGGCGGGCCCCGCCCCCAGGUUCUCAUGCUAUUUUCUUUCUCAGGGUCCUCUUUGGUGGGCAGCCCCUCUCCCUGUAAGCUGUCAGUCAGCUACAGUCCAGAGGGGGUCUGCGUAGGUCCCGGUCCUCCUGCCUCUCUCUGAGUCUCCGCCCAAAGCCUGUCCUCCACGCUAGGGGACUCCUCCUGUAGAAUGCCCUGAGGGUGUGUGGCCCGAGCGCGUGAGCGUCAGCGUUCCGCAGGGAGCUGCACACUCGCUGGAAGUGAAGACCACCUUACUAGGAGCAUCAUUCCAAGGGAGACGCCAUCUUCCCAAGUCUGGUGUUGACACUGGAAUGACAGCACAGGAAACUCUAGGACUCCCAAUACCUUCUGGAAUAAGGAAUCUCCCCUCGUUCAUACUGUGGCCCUCCUCGUCAUUGACCUUUGAUAACCUUGGCAAUUCAUAAAGAGAGGAAACAUUAAUGAAUUAAAAGCAUUCCUUAUUUUUUUAACAAAUAUUUGCACAUUUUCUUAGUAUCUUUCCAAAUCUGCCUCUUUUAUUCCUUUGACAGAUGGUAUCCCUUCCUGGAUCAUUCAUUUCACUUGGUUUCUAACUUCAGAUUUACUUCACUUGUUAUUUGACUUAGCAGGUGCAAGCCAAACAAGUGUGCCCACCCCACUUGCCUCUUAACUGAAGCUUAAAAUAAAUUUCUGAAUUAUGUAUCCUAAAGCUUUGACAUUUCUUUAUUAAUUGAUGAACUAAUUCUCAAUUCCACCAUUGAAGCUUUCCACCAAAAGAAGUCUUCUCAAAAUCUUUUGCAGCAACGUGGUAUCCGAGUUACAUGUGAAAGAGUGUAUUUUUGAGGUUAUUACAACACACUGUGCAGAAUUGGACAGAGGUUCUGUGGUAUUUGGUUUCCCUUUCUUCUCUCUCCUGCUUGCUCUGCACAACAGCGGCAGCUCAUUUCUCUCAGGCUGGAAAGCCUGGCUCUCGGCAGUGACAUCCCUCCCACACCUGGUUACAGGUAGUGGUUGUGCUAUACGCGGCAUCAUGCUUAAUGGUGUGGUCUCCUCCUGGCCUUUUGUCCUGAGUUUCCUUGUCAAAAAAUAGCUUUUGUAAAGAGGCACAGUAAGUAAUUCCAUGCCGAUGAUACUCUAGUGUUUCCUGGGCAGUUCCUGGCCGACUCUGGACAUCUCAGUAAUACCCAGUGUCACGGGGAGUGAGACCCAGACUCCUGUCAUGUGGGUGAUUGUGUGAUCAUGUGCAACUGGCCUCAGCCUCACAAGUGACCACUGCUCUGUCCCCAACAGCCCCAGCCUUCUCAGCUGGAAAAACAUACUGGCCCGAUACCUUCCCCUUCCCCAGGGGUCAUACUUCAUUCUCCAUGAGAGAGCCUUGGAGCCAACUAUUCAUUGAUUUAGAAAAGAGCUACAAGUUCCUCUUUCUGUCUCCAUCUGAAACCUCUUCCAUUGUGCCGUAUCGCACGUGACAUCACGGAUACUUCGGGAAAUCUUUAACAGCUAGCUCUGUCUUCUUCGGCUGCACCCCUGUUUCUGUGCAGACCGCGUCUCCUUUACCAGGGCUGCUCCUUCCUCCCUGAGGACUGCACCCCAUCAUUCUCCCAUCCCAGCAUCCAGGGCAUGCCGUACUCCACGGCCCCCUAUGGCGCAUCCUCACGCUGGGCUGAGAAGUACCCCUUCGUGUGCUCCCCCUCCCUCUCAGAAGCCAGACUUCGUUCUUAGUCACACACCUGUGGCUGGUUAUAGCACUUCUGCUGCUCAUGUCAGAUAGGAAGUGAUUGAAGCAGGGGGCAGAGAGAGCGAGCCCCUCUUCUUUCUAAGCAGAAAAGCAGAAAAAGAAAAGACAAACACCUUGUUGACCAGAGAGAAGUAAACUCCAGAAGGGAACCAAGAACUCCUCCCUUCCCUGGUGAGUAUUUCCAUUAUUCCGUUAAGGUUUAAUAUGCAUUCAGAUUACUUUUACUAAAUAGUACACCAUAAAGCUUUUGUUAUAUAUUAAAUGUAAACUGAAAGGAAUGUAAACAUAUGUAUUGUUAAUUAUAAAUAUAGAUAAGUAAUGACAUAAUAGAUGAAAAAGUCUUAUUCAGAUGUAUCUCAUUCAUUUUACAUUACCCGCCUAUUGUCGCAUGGUAGAAUAGUUUUUUUUGUCUCUGAAUAUGUGAAUAACUUGACUUGCGUUUAUCUUUUUACAUAUUUAAUAAAAAAAAAGUAUAUGUUAAAAGGA